AUGACAAAAACACAAGAAGAGCUAGACAGUGUCAUUGGACAAGAGAGAGAUUACACUCAACUCACUUACAUCGAGUCAAUUAUCGAGGAAACCUUAAGGCUUCACCCAAUAGCCACCAUGCUUCUACCCCAUACUGCCCUACAGGAUUGUCAUGUAGCAGGCUAUGACAGACCAAAAGGUACAAUUUUAAUGGUGAACACUUGGAGUAUCGGAAGGAACACGAGGCAUUGGGAGUCACUGGGAGAAUUCAUUCCGGAGAGGUUCGAAAGGAAGGACGAUAUAGAUGUCACCGGACAUCAUUUUGUGCUCUUACCAUUUGGUUUGGGUCGGAGGAAGUGCCUGGGAUAUAGUCCUGGGAUUCCUAUCAUUAGGGUAAUGUUAGCCAAGAUAUUGCACGGAUUUAAUUGGAGAUUGCUGGAUGGCAUAAAUUCGCAAGACAACUAA